CAUCGCCAUCUCCGUCGCCCAGAUCUGCCAUGGCAUGCAGAGAGGAGAAGAUGACGAUUUACAGAUCAGAGAGGGAAUUGGGGCUGGAAAGGCGACGAGUCGUGGUCGGCGCCUCCUCUUCCUCCAUGCACGAGCUGAUGGCGGAGGAGAUUGCGGCGGCGGCCCUGGCUGAGGAUGGGGCGAAAUGGAGAGGAGUGAUGGAGGGUGUUUCAGGAGGAUGGACGGGAUGGUGGAGGAGAAGGAUUGGAUGGUGAGGUCGACGGCGGUGGUGGUCGUGGUCGGGAAGGAGGAGGUGGUGGGCAAUUGCGUCGACUCCAGUCUCCAGGGUGGGUUUUCGGCAAGGGAGAUUAGAGGGGAGGAGUGAGCGACUGGUAUGGAAACGUGGGUCAGAGCAAGAGGGAGUAGGAUUAGGUUUAGGGUUGGGCUCUGGGUCGGGCUGGUUUUGUCGAGUGUGGGCCUGGGGAUUGGAUUGUGGGCUGGGCUUGCUCGAAGAUUUUAAUCCAGUUUUCCGGUUUUAACCAGAUUGGACCGGGUGGCUAAUAGGCUGACCGGAGACUGGACCAGAUUGGAUGCUAACCGGUUUCCGGUUACAACCGAGACGGUUUUAACUGCCCAGUUUUCGGUUUGAUCGGAAAACCGGGACCGGAUUCCCACCCCUAGUCAAUGCAUACUCUCCAACCAGUCACCUUUCUUGAGGGUAUAGACUCCUCCUUCUCAUUAACCACGGCCGUCAUCCCUCCUUUCUUGGGAACCAACUAAUUCGGGCUUACCCACUGACUUUUACAAAUGGGGUAGAUGACACAUCGUCCAAGAGCGUAAUCACCUCGGCCUUCACCACAUCCUCCCAGUUAGGAUUCACAGGUCGUUGAGGUUGGCGGACCGGCUUGGCGCCCUCCUCCAUCACGAUCUUGUGCGAAAAAAGGAGGGCCAGAUCCCUCGAAUGUCGGUGAUUUUCCAUGCAAUGGUCCUCUCAUGACGACGCAGGACCUCAAUCAAUUGGGUCUUCUGGUCGGAUGUGAGAUUGGAGUUGAUGAUGAAUGGGAGCUUAACGGCAUCUCUCAGGAAGGCAUACUCGAGGUGGGAAGCAAUGGUUUCAACUCCAACUCGGGUAGCUCUUCCAAAGAAGUAGGAAUUUGGGCAUGGGGGCAAGGCUUCCACUUCCACUUUGUGGGUCUUAAUGCAAGCUUCCUCAACUUGUGCCGGCUGUCCCUCCUAAGUUAAUAGUACCUACUAAAAAACACUCCUCAAAGGGCUCAGUAGGGGUGGCACCCGCAGAUGCAGGUGCUGCAAUGAAAUCAGAUACAUCAUCACAGUAUUCAAUAUCAUCCUGAAGGUAGGAAAAAUUCAUGCUAUCAUUUAUUGAGAAGGUAACCUCUUCUUCCCUUGCCCGGAGUACCAACUUUCUCCCAUGCACAUCAAUCAAUGCUUUGGAGGUGGCCAAAAAGGGUAUACCUAGAAUAACGGGGACAUCCACAUUAUCGUCGAUGUCGAGAAUGACAAAGUCGACCGGGUAAAUGAGGGUACCAACCUUAAUGAGUAGAUCCUCAACCACAUGUAACACCCCGAUACUUUAGAUUUAGGUUCGACAUUAAUACGUGAACGGUUGGAUUGACGGUUAAGUACUAAGAGUUACAACCGCAGAUAUAAUAAUAAUAAUAAUAAUAAUAAUAAUAAUAACUAUUAUUAUUAUAACUAUAUAUAUAUAUAUAAAAAAAGAGGGGCCGAGCGGCCCAAACCCUUCCCCCUUAAACCCUACGUCUCCCCAGCAAUUUCCCCACAAAAACCCCAUUCUUUUCCCCUGCCGCAAACUAAGAAAACCCCAAAUUUGCACCGUCCACCACUACUCCUUUACCUCACCAAACAUGUGUUGUCGAUCUACCAAUCACCCACUAGCGGUGGAAAGCCUUUCCAUGUUUUAGGAAAUCACGAAGAGAGGGGGGGGGAUGGAAUCAAGAGGUGCUUGCAUUCGUGACAUCAGCAAGCUUCCCUGCAACAAUUCCCCAACGAGAGAUGAAGUGAUGACCAGAUGGGAGGAGGGAAUUAAAUGAACCAAGUCCAUUAUCCUCUAGUGAAAGGGAAAUGGAAUGGAAAGGUUUCGAUUGUGGGUUCUAGUGGUGGCAUCAGCGGAGACGUGAUGCAUAGGGGUUGAUUUCCCGGUAAUUGAGAGAGAGCCAAUUGUCGGGUAAUAAUUGGUAGUAUGGACCCGAGUUAGUUUGAGUGAUGACGCCAUCCAACGAGCCACCAUAAUUGUUUCCCGAGUGAAUUUGGCGAAUGAGGGGUUUCUUCGAGGAAGGAAUUGAGGAGUCAUCUUUUCAAGGUGAGUGUAAAGGGGGUAAAAUCUCUGUCGUAGGUCUUUUAGUUUCCGCUUUUCGUUCAAGUUAUUAUUUAGUUAAUGUUCUAGUAUGUGCGAUAUGUGUAUGAGGCAUCCCACCGCCUGUAAGGGUGAAGGCACGCGUUGUGCUAUGUAUGAAUGUAUGUGAUGUUGUAUGGAUUGAUGGUAAGAUGAACCCCCGGGCGGUUGGGUCACUACUGGACGGCGAGACGUAACGCAGUAGUUGACGGGCAUGGACUGGACGGCGAGACGUAACGCAGUGUCAUUGCCGAGUUUGGGUAUGCAACCGGACGACGAGACGUAACGCGGUUGGCAUACUAGGGUAGGACACCGGACGGCGAGACGUAACGCGGUGGUCCUAGUGUUUUGUGUUUGAGUUAAGGAUAGAAGUUGAGAACUUCUAUGAGUUAAGGUUGAAGUAAGUUAUUAAGAAUAUAAGUAAGGAAACUCUAAAGAUAAGAUAGGAGUAGAUAUCUCUUAUAGACUGUUUAUAACAGAGUAUAAAGGAUGAAAGAGAGAACGGCUUUUGUCUAGUUCAUGAACCCUAAUAACGUGUUUAGUAGGGAGUUCGCCUAGGCAAAGACCUUAGGAAGUAACGACGAGGCUAACCCCUUCUCACUCACCAGGUUGAGGAUAGUCUAGCAGAAGUGGAUCACGAGAAGAAGCAGGGCGAGGCGAGCAGCAGUACCAGCGUUGACGGGAUAUCAGAAAGCUCGUGAGAAGUCAAGUUAGAUUAGUUAAUUAUUAUGUUUCAUGGUUAUUAGUAUAAACUGGAGAUUCUGUGUUAAGUCGUUUUAAGUGUUUGAGAUUGAGAAAUUUGCCCAAGUGUUGGGGCUUUUCGUUAAAAAUUCUUAAAUGAUGUCGGUUUGUUUAUUUUGGAAAGAGACGGGACGUGUCACCACACCCUUAUGAUGCAUGAUGGAUCUAUCAUCCAACUGGAUAUUCAUCCUAGUAGCUCUAGGUUCACAUAAGUCUAACUUCUUAAACAUCCUAUACGACAUCACAUUAAUACUAGCCCCCUGAAAAUGAUGUAUUUGCACGUGUUUGCACCCUGAUUUCUUAUCCGUUUGCGACUCCUAGUCAUGCAUCUUUGGCCUAUUUUAUUCUGGGUUGUGCUAUUUUAUCACAUUUCAGGUCCCAAGCGUCGAAGGAGAGGCUAGGCGCGAGUUUCGGGUCGUUUGGAGGUCGUUCGGUGAGGCUGGAGCAAAAACACUGGCAGCCCUGUCCAAAACACGGCCGUGUUCCUCUGGCCAUGUUUUUACUGCCUAGGGCAUGCUCAUGAUGGCUGCUGAGGGUCCAAAACACGGGUGCCAUUGGAGCAAAACAAGGUCAUGUCACUUAUUGGGCAUGAUCGUGUUUUGGGAGCGAUGCGGGCUUGUUUGCCACAAGGGAAGCAAAACACGGGCAGGAUGAGGCAAAACACGGCCGUGUCCUCGACCGUGUUUUGCCCAAUCUCGGAUUAAAAGAAGAUUUCAGCCAAAGAGAAAAGGGAAUAUGAUUUUGAGAGCUAGAGAGCAGAAAACCUAGAGAGAGAAAGUGACGAACAGAACUUCCAAGUGCCCUAAAUUGAUCUUCAACACCAUUGGAGCUCGGUGGAAGCUUGCAGGAGUGCCGAUUGAUUACUAGAAGCAGAUCCUCAUCCUUCUCAGUGGCGAUUGAAAUUCCACAUCUGAAGCAAAUUUUCCUUCACUCUCUAUGGAGUAAACUCCUUUUCUCACCUGGGUAUGAAGAACCCUAGAUUUUUAUGUUAGGUCUGGUUGUAUGAACCCAAGUACGAAUUCUUUGAUACUGAUUAUAUUCAAUUGAGGCAUGGCUUUCUGAAUUGCAUGAAUCCUGAUCAAAUUCCUGUUAUUCCUGCUUUGACCUAGAAUGAGAAUAUAUGCCUAGGUUGAAAAAGAACCCUUGGUUGAAGGUAGUGAAUUGACGACUUUACUCGAGGAGUCGAUUCACUAUUAUGUACUGGAUUUAUUCAGUAGAGGAGGUUUGGUACGUUAGGGACUCAGUCUGUUUACUCCGGCGGAGGUUCGUAGCCCGUUGGAGACUCAGAUUGAGAGGGUCUGGAGACCUUUAGUCGAGACUGCAGACUGUCUAAGAACCUACCGCAGUAUAAUUAUCUUUGAAUCUGAACUUGGCAAAUUACAACUUGGCUUAACUGCAGUCUAGGGGGAACCAUAUCUGGGUGACCUCUCUCAAACUUGGACAACAACAUUUACUGCUUUUGCUUGCUAGUUUAGUUGGAACUUCACUACAGGUUAACUGCUAAAUAAUAAGAAUCUCAUGGAGUAGUCAUCACACCUAAGACCCGGUUUGACAUUUAGAACUAAACACGCUAUACUACGCAUUAGCAGCUAGUUAUACUUGGCCACUUUCUAGUGUGACGGUACAAGCUAGUCAAGUUUUUGGUGCCAUUGCCGGGGACGACUAGGUUGUUGAAGAAACGUGAUUUCUGUUACUUUAGCAUUUCUUUUCCGCAUUGAUUGUUUUUCUUUGUCCCACUUGUGCCUUCACAGGUUUGCUUUCUUUGAUUGUGUGCAGGUAGUGUAUGACCCGUAGCCAGUCGAGAGACUUACUACCGUUAGACUAGGAGCUAGAACGCACUUGUCGCCAUCUUAGGAGACAACAGCGAGCAAGACUGGCUACAGGCACGUCGACGGCCAUCUGAGCAGCGACUAUGAAGAGGAAUACGAUAUGGACGACAAGCACAACUGGGGGAACCUGAACCUGGGGCAGAACCAACCCCUGGGAAUGCCCAUGCAGGUCCCCCCAGUGAAUAAAGUCAUGGCAAAUAACCCAGUUCCCCAGCCAGAUGGGGCUCAGCAUCCACCACCCCCGUCGGGUCCUACUAUGGAGUACUACUACACUCCACGGGUCGUCGACAUCCACCCCAUCAUCCUGUAUCUGCCCAUUCCAGCAAAUAACUUUGAGAUCAAGCCAUGCUGGAUUCAACUGAUCACAUCCUCUAUCCAGUUCCAUGGUCUCAAGGAUGAAGAGACGAUGGUGAACCUUUCUUGGUUCUUGCAGCUUACCAAUGGGUUCAAGUAGAAUGGUGUACCAGAUGAUGCAAUCCGUCUUCACCUCUUCCCCCACUCUCUAGCGGGGCAUGUAAAGAGGUGGUUAGAUACCCAACCCCCACUGUCCAUCACGUCAUGGGACGAUCUGGCCGACAUGUUUUUGCACAGGUACUACCCGGGCUCGAAGACCAUGAAGAUUCAAGGGGAGAUCAAUCAUUUCCGUCAGGAGCCAGAUGAGUCACUACGUGAUGCCUAGGAUCGGUACUCGGGAUUUCUCUGGCAGUGUCCCCAUCACGGUUUUAGUGAUGCAUUCACAAUGGGGAACUUCUAUAGUGCUCUAACUCUAGAGAGACAGAGGGUGAUCCAGUCUUUAUGCCCAAGAGGGUACAUUCUCACCAAGACUCCACCCGAGCUGAAACAGAUGAUCAGUACUUUGGCUGCUAGAGAUCACUCUUGGGGGCAGAGCACUAGGGGCAGAAACUUCCAGGAUCGCGGUGUGCAUUCUAUGGAGGUUAGAUCCGGAUUUGAGUGGGAGGUGGCUGAACUGGUCCAGACAUUAAAGCAGCCUAACAGUCUCAUUCCGGGCAGAGGAUUGGUUGGCCAUUCAAUUGCACAAUGCCAGUGGUGUGAGAGCUCGAACCACUUGGUGGAAGACUGCCAGGCUAUGCGAGAGUCUACUACACCCCAGGAGUAGUUGGACUUCAUCGCCAAUGCUCGACGCCUCGAUCCUUACAGUGGAACAUAUAAUGAGGGGUGGCGCCAACAUCCCAACUUCUCCUAGAACAACAACACCAUCAACACCAUCAAGCCUCCCGGCUUCCUAGAUAGAACAGGUGGUUUUCAGCAAAGGCAACCCUUCAAGGCAAGAUAGGGCCCAUUUCCACAGUAGUAGCCCUACAAGCCCAGGCUGGGGCAACCAUUUCAGCAACAGCAGAGACAGUUUGCCCAGCCGGCAGCAGCUCCAGCAUAGGAUGAUAAGAUGUCAGAGCUGAAGAACAUGGUGCAGACUUUCGUGAGUGCCAGCACGACGAAUUUCGCCAGGCUGGACCAGUGCAUCAUCUCGUUGGAGGCAGGCCAGAGGAACCAGGGUGCCAUACUUUUGGACCUCCAGAACUAGAUUGGAGGCAUAGCUCGCCAGCACACCACUAGAGCACCCGGAACUCUGCCUGUCACCACUAUUCCAAAUCCUCGCGAGCCUCACCAGCAGCUCGAUGCCAUCACUACUCAAAGUGGCAAGACAACAUCUGCUAUCCCUGCUCUGACCAGGCAGGAGAAGCCAACACCUACUUAAGCACUUCCAGCUGACAAAGAAGAGGUGAGGAUUGAGAAAGAAGCACCUUCUCCCAAGCCACAACCAGUGGUUAAGGAGCAUGUUCCCUAGCUUCCCUUCCCCACUCGACUGCGCAAGGAUAAUGUGGAGACUGAGUUUUCCAAAUUCAUGGCAAUGUUGAGUAGGUCAACAUUACCCUGACAUUCAUGGAGGCACUGUGGAAGAUGCCCAAGUACGCCAAGUUCAUGAAGGAUCUUCUCACCAACAAAAAGAAACUUGGGGAUCUCUCGACAGUGAUGUUGAGCGAGGAGUGUUCUGCCAUCCUGCUGAACAAGCUGCCCGAGAAGCGCAAAGACCUAGGGAGUUUUACUAUCUCUCUUGUCAUUGGCAGCAUGCAUGUAGGAAAGUCCUUGGCGGACCUAGGCGCUAGCAUUAAUGUCAUGCCCUAUAAAUUGUUUAAGAAGCUAGGCCUAGGUGAACCUAGAACCACUAAGAUGAGCAUUCAACUCACUGAUCGCUCUAUUGUGCAUCCUAGGGGUAUCAUAGAGGACUUGCUUGUUAAUGUGGGUGCAUUCACAUAUCCUGUUGAUUUUGUUAUUCUAGAUAUAAAUGAGGAUGUGGAUGUGCCUUUGAUUUUGGGUAGACCAUUUCUCGCCCCGCCAAGGCGCUUAUUGAUGUGCAUAGUGACAAGUUGAUCUAGUGAGCUAGGGAUGAACAUGCUACAUUUUCUGUGUCCGAUAACGCAAAGCAUUCCCAUUUGCAUGAUGACUUGGAUUACUGUUAUAUGCUGGCUGAUUUUGACAUGGCACUCGCCAUCACGAGUGUGGGUAUUGAUGAUGCCCUUGAUCAUUGUAUUUUGCUAGGUGAGCAGGCAUCCCAGGAGUUACAACUGGAGGAACCGCUAGCCGCUCUGGAGAGUGGCGAGUUUCUCGAGGGUGCCAAGCAGUUCAAGCUGAUCUCAUCCUCUCCUCGCAUCACCACCUCUCUGGAGGAGCCACCAGAACUGGAGCAAAAGCCCCUCCCUCCUCACUUGGAGUAUGCAUUUCUCCGGAGGGGAACUAUUAGCUCGACCCUCACACCCGAGCAGAAGGCCAGACUGGUGUCCUUGUUGAAGUAGUACGAGCAAGCUCUGGCAUGUACACUAAUAUCUGGGGGAUCAGCCCCUCCUUUUUUUUCCCACCAGAUACUGCUAGAGAAUGAGAUGCGGCCAGUUAGGCAGCCCCAGCGGAGACCGAAACCGAACCUGGAGGCCGUGGUUCGGCCAGAGAUCGCGAAGCUUAUGGACGUGGGGAUCAUCUUCGCCAUUUCUGACAGUGAGUGGGUUAGUCCCACCCAAGUGGUUCUGAAGAAGGACAGGUUGACCGUGGUACCCAAUGAGAAGAACGAGCUCAUCCUGAUGCGCACGGUGACCGGGUACCGCGUCUGCAUCGACUACCGUCGCCUCAACGACGCCACCCGGAAGGACCAUUUCUCGUUGCCUUUCAUUGAUCAGAUGCUGGAGAGGCUGGCGGGGCACGACGAAGACCACCUUCACUUGUCCUUUCGGCACAUUUGCCUACCGGAGGAUCCCAUUGGAGCUAUGCAAUGCCCCAACCGCAUUUGAGCGCUGCAUGCUAGCCAUCUUCGACCGACUGGUCGGAGAAAUCAUGGAGGUAUUUAUGGAAAACUUUUCGGUUUAUGGGGACUCAUCCUCUCACUGUCUCCACAACCUGGAACUCGUCCUGAAACGGUGUGAGGAGACGAACCUGGCCUGAAUUGGAAGAAGUGCCACUUCAUGGUUCGUGAAGGCAUAGUUCUGGGGCAUAAGAUCUCCAAGAUGGGGUCGAGGUAGACAGAGCCAAGAUCGAGACAAUCAGCAAGCUACCUCCUCCCACAUCUGUUAAGGGGAUUCGUAGUUUCUUGGGCAAUGCAAGGUUCUAUAGGCAGCUCAUAAAAGACUUCUCCAAAAUCGCCUUACCCCUGAGAAGCUCCUUGAGAAGGAUGCCCUCUUCCAGUUCACUGAUGCGUGCACAACGGCUUUCACGACCUUGAAGGAGAAUCUCACUCAUGCUCCUAUGAUGGUCACUCCUGACUGGUCUUUACCGUUCGAGCUGAUGUGCGACGCCAGUGACUUUGUUGUUGGAGAUGUUCUGGGGCAGAGGCGAGAUCAGCACUUUCGUCCUAUCUACUACACCUCGAAGACCCUUAACGAUGCCCAGGAGAACUACACCACCAGAGAGAAGGAGCUGCUAGCGGUGGUGUUUGCAUUUGAUAAGUUUCGUCCUUAUCUGGUCUUGUCCCAUGUGACAGUCUACACGGAUCACUCCGCAAAUACAAUACUUGAUGAGCAAGGUCGAUGACAAGCCUCGGCUCAUACGAUGGAUCUUAUUACUGUAGGAGUUUGACAUCGAGAUCCGGGACAAGAAGGGCGCCAAAAAUGUUGUUGCUGAUCAUCUCUCCUGAUUGGACGCACCUCUUGCGGACAACCCCGUGGAGGAGAUCAAUGACUCCUUCCCAGAUGAGCGACUGAUGAUGAUGUGCUUGGUGGAGAGCGUCACCCCUUGGUACUCCGAUUUUGCAAAUUAUCUGGUGGGUUAGCAGUUGCCCAAGGGGAUGACAAUUCAUGCCAAGAGAAAGUUCUUCUCGGACCUGAAGCACUACUUCUGGGAUGACCUGCAUCUCUUCAGGAUUGGAGCUGACGGGGUCAUCCGUCGUUGUGUCAUGGAAAAUGAGAUGGAGAGCAUUUUGUCUCAUUGCCACGAGGGACCUACUGGAGGGCACCAUGGUGGUAACUGCACGGCGCGGAAGGUGCUACAGUCGGGCUUCUACUGGCCCUCGCUCAUCAAGGACGCCAACACCUUCACACGCAGGUAGGGAUGGAAAUGGGUCAGGUUGGGUUGGGUUUUGCCAAAUCCAAACCCAAACCCAUGGGUUUAUUCGUGAAAAAAACCAAGGAUAAAACCCACUGGGUUUGAAAAACUCAAACCCAACUCAACCCGCUGGGUAUCCGCGGGUUCCUCGGUACCCACGGGUUUUUGUCGUAAAAAAUUACAAUAACAAGUUCCUAUCAAAAUUAAUGUCAAAUAUCAAUCUAUCAAUACAAAUUAUCCAUAUAUAAAACACCAUUCUAGAAAAUUCAAGCAAAUCACAAAUUAACUAUACAAAUUGUUCAACACCAAUCUAGAAAACUCAAGAAAAUUGAAGCAAAUCACAAAUUAUCCAUAAAUAACAUGAUUAAUUGAAAGCUUCUUCCUCCCUGUCAAUUAAGUUUCUUCACUCUCACUCGAUAACAUCAACUUCAUUCUACACAAUUAGAAAGAAAAAAUUAGAUAUGUCUCCACAAACAUAAAUAAAAUUAGUUGUUUAGAAUAUUAAAUAUAACGAGAAAAUUAAUUAUAUGGGUGUGGGCGGGUACCCAUGGGGCGAGUUUACCUAAACCCAAACCCAACCCAACCCGAUAAAUAGUGAAUAGGUUUAAACCCAAACUCGGCCAAAAACCCGUCAACACGGGUUUUACCCGUGUUAACCUGGUUGGAUCGGGUGGGUACUCGUGGGUUCGGGUUUUGUUGCCAUCCCUACACGCAGGUGAGAUCGAUGCUAGAGGUUAGGUAACAUCUCUGCCCAUGAUGAGAUGCCCCAGAAUGUGUUUAUAAUAUGUGAGAUUUUUGACGUCUGGGGUAUCGACUUCAUGGGCCCCUUCCUUCCAUCAUUUUGCAAUACAUACAUCUUAGUUGCUGUUGAUUACGUCUCUAGGUGGGCUGAUGCACAGGCUUUGCCCACCAAUGAUGCUAGACACGUUUGUCAGUUUCUAAAGCAGCUGUUCUCCCAGUUCGGGACACCUAGGGCCAUCAUUAGCGACAGAGGGACCCGCUUCCAGGGCCAGUUUGAUAAAUUACUAUCCCGCUAUGGUGUCACCCACAAGGUGUCCGUGGCCUACCACCCCCAAAUGAGUGGCAGGCCGAGCUGACGAAUCGGGAGCUCAAGCGCAUACUGGAGAAAACGGUGGAUCAAUCUCGCAAGGAUUGGUCCACCGAGCUCGAUGAUGCUCUAAGGGCAUACCAGACUGCCUACAAGACGCCAAUUGGUACUUCGCCGUAUUGGCUUGUCUAUGGAAAGGCAUGUUACUUGCCCGUGGAGCUAGAGCACAAGGCUUUCUGGGCCUUAAGCUGCUUAACUUGGAUGUUAGUCUUGCAAGUGAUGAACGCAAAUUGCAGAUGCUGGAGCUGGAGGAAUGGCGUUACCACGCCUACGAAAACACCAAGUUGUACAAGGAGCGCACUAAGCGUCUUCACGACGCUCGAUUGAGGGUUCGAAAUAGAUGCAGGUUGGCGAUCGAGUUCUUCUCUAUAACUCUCGCCUGAAACUCUUUCUUGGAAAACUUCGCUCCCGGUGGUGUGGACCGUUCACGGUCACACAGGUGUUCCCAUAUGGCACGAUCGAGUUUGCCAACCCGCAGACUGAGCCAUUUAAAGUGAAUGGCCAUCGUCUCAAGCUCUAUCUGGGAGACGAGGUCGAACGUGCGGGGUCGGUAAUUGAACUCGCAGACCCUUAGUUUCGCCAUGAACGUCCAGUUAAAAUACGGUAAAGACUUGUUCCUGGAUUGCCUCAAUUAUGUACGACGGUGAGACUACGGUUGUCAAGGUAUGACUUUGCAAGGCUUAUGUUACUUGAAAUUUCUACACAUAUCGUUCACUAAAUUCAUGAGCUCAGCUUCCAAAUUGUUUCCCCAUCUACCGUCAUCAAACCCAAAAAGCUACCCACCAUUCUCAUUUGUCCAAUUCCAUGAAAUUAUAUAAUAAACAUGGGUGGGGUUGAUUUUCUUACCUCCAUCCAAUUUUCAUUGUCACUGAUGUUCCGCAAAAAAACCCAUUUCCACUCUAAUUUUGAACCCAUGCCCUGGGUCUUCGUAAUUCCACAUAAACGAUUUGUCCCCAUGAUUGACCGAUAAAAAAGGGCUUGCUAUUUGCCGCCAACCAAAUUGCUAUUUGCCGCCAACCAAAAAAAAGUAUAUAUAUACAUCUUUGGUUAAGGAGUUUCACAAUCUACAACAUAUCCAACUUUCAGAGAACGUAUUGAAUCAGAAAAAUUCAACGCUCGCCGGAAAAGUCGCCGGAAAAUCAUCGAUGAAAAAAAAAGUAUAUAUAUACAUCUUUGGUUAAGGAGUUUCACAAUCUACAACAUAUCCAACUUUCAGAGAACGUAUUGAAUCAGAAAAAUUCAACGCUCGCCGGAAAAGUCGCCGGAAAAUCAUCGGGAAAGCCUAUCCUCGACAUAUACUGCGUACACGCAUCCAUGAAUCAUCACUAAGCAGUGCGUAAUUUUUUUGUAGUUUCGAACAAUUUUUCCAACGAUUUGAAACGAACAGACGGUGGGCCGAAAAAUUUCGGCGGUUGCCUACGUGCGAGGUGAGUGGUUGCCUCAUCAGACAAUGUGGGCAAAGUGCUACAUGAACCAUGUGUUUCAAACCCUAAACCCUAAACCCUGAACCCUAAACCCUUGGUGAUCGGCAGCGAGUCAGGCAGAGAGACCCCCGAAGAGCUAGGGAAAGGGGUAGGGGUAGGAGCAAUGCAUAGUGUUGCAAUGCUCUAUUUAUAGGUUGUUGUUUUUCUAGUUGUAUUUUUAAUGACCCUAGUGUCAUUAUGAACUUAUGGAUUUCAUUAUGGAUUUCAAGCGAGUUCGGGGUCGAUUGGACGAAGAUCGGGCGCGAGGCAAGUCAAAAAGAAAGCCACACGGGGACACACACAACUCACACGGCCGUGUGAAGUUGCACUUUGGCUAUGUGGAAUUCUGCGAGGCUUCACACGGCCAGUCUGGGUGAGCUACACGGCUGUGUGAAGUUGCACUUUGGCCGUGUGGAAUUCUGCGAGGCUUCACACUGCCAGGCUGGGUGAGCUACAUGGCCGUGUGGGAAACCUGAAACCCAAUUACUCGGGCCGAAAAACUUUUGCGGCCGGUGCGCCGCCGGGCCGAAAAAUAUUUGCGGCCGGUGCGACGCCCGGCCAAAAAAUUCUUUCGGCCCGACGUCGCUCCGGCCGCAAAUUUUUUUCGGCCUGCCGACGAACACGCCGCCGGAAAAUUUUUGGCCGGCGUGUUUUGCGACCGGCCGAAAAAAAUUUGCGGCCUAGGCGUCGCCGGGCCGAAAGAAUUUUUCGGCCGGUCGUCGCCCCGGCCGCAAAUUUUUUUCGGCUCGGCGGCGUUCGGGCCGCAAUUUUUUUUCGGCCCCCCGUGUUUUUCGCCGGAAAACUGGAAAACUGGCCAGAAAAAGUAAACUUACUUGUUUUCCGACGAUUGAGGGAGACGGGAGGUUAGCCGACGACGGAAGAACGGUGCCGGCGACCGAGACACUGGGAAGGAAGGGAAAAUUCAAAAUUUGAAUUCAUUUUUUUUUUCUUUUUUUCGUUGGCGGCAAAUAGCAAUUUGGGUGGCGGCCAACCAAAUUGCUAUUUGCCGCCAACCAAAAGAAAAAAAAGAGUAUAUAUAUACAUCUUUGGUUAAGGAGUUUCACAAUCUACAACAUAUCCAACUUUCAGAGAACGUAUUGAAUCAGAAAAAUUCAACGCUCGCCGGAAAAGUCGCCGGAAAAUCAUCGAUGAAAAAAAAAAGUAUAUAUAUACAUCUUUGGUUAAGGAGUUUCACAAUCUACAACAUAUCCAACUUUCAGAGAACGUAUUGAAUCAGAAAAAUUCAACGCUCGCCGGAAAAUCAUCGGGAAAGCCUAUCCUCGACAUAUACUGCUUACACGCAUCCAUGAAUCAUCACUAAGCAGGUGCGUAAUUUUUUUUGUAGUUUCGAACAAUUUUUCCGACGAUUGAAACAAACAGACGGUGGGCCGAAAAAUUCCGGCGGCCGGAACCUGGCCGGGCCGAAAAAUUCCGGCGGUUGCCUACGUGCGAGGUGAGUGGUUGCCUCAUCAGACAAUGUGGGCAAAGUGCUACACGAACCAUGUGUUUCAAACCCUAAACCCUGAACCCUAAACCCUUGGUGGUCGGCAUCGAGCCAGGCAGAGAGACCCCCGAAGAGCUAGGGGAAGGGGUAGGGGUAGGAGCAAUGCAUAGUGUUGCAAUGCUCUAUUUAUAUGUUGUUGUUUUUCUAGUUGUAUUUUUAAUAACCCUAGUGUCAUUAUGAACUUAUGGAUUUCAUUAUGGAUUUCGAGCGAGUUCGGGGUCGAUUGGACGAAGAUCGGGCGCGAGGCAAAUCAAAAAGAAAGCCACACGGGCACACACAACCCUCACACGGCCGUGUGAAGUUGCACUUUGGCCGUGUGGAAUUCUGCGAGGCUUCACACGGCCAGGCUGUGUGAGCUACACGGCCAGGGUGGGUGAGCUACACGGCCAUGUGAAGUUGCACUUUGGCCGUGUGGAAUUCUGCGAGGUUUCAUACUGCAGCCUGAGUGAGCUACACGGCCGUGUGCCCCUGGUCGUGUGGGAAGCCUGAAACCCAAUUACUCGGGCCGAAAAACUUUUGCGGUUGGUGCGCCGCCGGGCCGAAAAAUAUUUGCGGCCGGUGCGACUCCCACGAACAGCCUUUUAGGAGUAAAGGAGUCCACUACUAUAAAGACUCCUACUUAAUACUUAAUAGCUUAACGCCUAACGGGACACUAUAAUGGAUUAAUGGAUCCAAUUAUUUGGCUUAAUAUGCCUCUAUAAUAGGUCUUGAUUAAAUGGCUUACUCAUGUGGUGGUAAUCAUUAACUGGAUAAGUGCUAGACCCAAUUGUCACUCAUUGGGUUUGGUUUGAGGUCUCGUAUCUAACUAUUGAAUCAAGCCAUAUAUUUAGUUCAGGUUGAACCUUAAUAUAAAAGUCGGGAUGUUACAUUUUGUUCAUGUUAGGCGGUACUCAUGAGUAGCCCAAUAGAGCUUAUAGUGGUACAUUCAUGUGUAGUGUUUAUGAUCUGAAUUGCAUCAUUCUGGGUUGUCUUUGACGAUGUAGUGGGUCAUACUUACUAUGAAGUAAUCGUUGCAAGUAUUUAUUCGUAUUCUCCUUUUGCAUUAUUUGGAUGUUUGAUGCUGAGGUGUACGUGUUCUUACUAAUUGAGUUCUUCUGUAUCACAGAUGGGAAAUUAUUACAAGUAGGUAGGUGUCUGAAAAGAGGUUCAGAGAAGCCCAUGUAUGUUGGAGUUGUCCUUUAACACGUCAGUAUGCAAAACUCUCAAAGUGAUUAUAGAGGGAAAACCAUUGUAUUCCAUUUUACUGUUUUGAUUUUAAUUUGCAUGAGUAAAUAUAGAUGGGCAGUGGUGACUUCGGAUGCACUCACUGUUUAGUUUGUUGGUGCUAGACAAAAGUGCUACACUUCCCUUUAAAUAAUUCGGAUAGACUAAUUUCUUUGCAACAAGAAUCCUUCUGCCACGCGUGUUCACAGAAUUGUAAUUGUCAUUACUCUUUUGGUAGCCAUUGACGCAUGCAACAUGCUCUAUUUUAAAUAGUUUAUUGGGGAGCGGUUACUGUGAGUACUACAAAAGUAGUAAUUACCGUGGCUACUAAAGGUACGAACGAUAUUAUUGUGCUUAUUGUUUUGGUAUUGAUGCUAAAUUUUAUUAGUAGUGUUUACAUUGGGUAGAAAUGGUAUUUUGGUGCUUACUGUUUUGGUAGUGAUGCUAAAUUUUAUUGGUAGUAUUUACAUUGGAUAGGAAUGGUAUUCUGGUGCUUAUGGAGAUAGAGAGAGCAGCUGGAGGGUACACGCAGCGGUGGUCGGGGGUAAACGGAGGGGAGGGAGGCCGCUGCAGUGACCGAGGGUGGCCAGCACGGAGUCAUCGUCGGGGAUGGUGUAGGCGGGCGGCGGGAUUAGUGCGACGGAAGUGGUGGAGGUGCCUGCGGUAGGUUUGGCUGGAGGGAGAGUAGAACUAGGGUUUGGGUAGAUUAUAUAGAAUAAUCGUGUGUCGUUACUUUUUCAUUUCUAAAAUUAUCCUAAAAGAAUCUUAACCGUAAGAUUAAAAAAGAAGGGAAAGUAGUUAAUCAAAUGGUAUAUAAAGAGGUUGCCACUGUGAUUACUAAGAGCAUCUCCAUUGGAAUUGCAAUUAGAAUUGCAUUAUGACAUGUCAAUCAUUAUGAUCAUUCAUUUGCAAUUGCAUUGAUGUAGAUGACAAUUGCAUCUUUGCAAGCUUGCAUAUAAUGCAAUUAUAGAAUGCAAGCCACAUCAUCUUUUUUAUUAUUAAAUUAUUCAUUAAUUUUAUUAUUUGAGUGUUUAUGUUCUAAUAAAUUAAAUCAAAAAAAUUAGUUGCAAUUGCAAGUUAAUUGCAUUAAUGUGGUACAAUGCAACUAAGAUGAGUUGGACUGCAAAAAAAAAUAAGUAACAAUAAAAAAAAACAUGCAAUUGCAAAUACCAUUACACCAAUGAAAAUACUCUAAAAAACAAGUAAUCACCAUAAUCCAUUCCUAGUUUAUUGUUAUGCAGACUUUGUAGAGGAAGUGAGGUAAUGCUCUAUUUCUGUCUAAAUUUGCUGCAAAUUCAUCUUAGAACAAAAGCUGUUGGAUAGGAUUGUCUAUUUUCUCUUGCUGGAGUGAGUAACUAAUUACGUUGAUUAUAUAAAUAGACUAUUCUAAGGGAAGAAGAUAGUAUAGUUUGUUGACUGUGAUUAGUUUCGUUUCCCGCAAUUGGCCAUAGGUGAUUAUGUAGCUGCGUGAUAGAAUAAAAAGAAGGCGAAGAGCAGUAAAGAGAAUUAACUUCAAUAAAAUAAUUAUUGAUGGCCUUUUAGUUUUUCAUUCUUUGUACUUCCAGAGACCAACAAUGUCUCAAUUCUUUGGUACCACAUUCCCCAAGUUCUUGGGUUGGUUAGUUUGCUUUUUUCCGGUCUUUGUGUGGUUCUGAAUUUUACAGGGUAGAAGCAGCAGAGGAGAGGAAGGCAUUUAAGAGGAAAGACUGAAAUGUCAGUGUGCUCUCAUGAAAUUGAACCAAUGAGGCUAGACUUUAAUCUAAUCAACCUGACAUCUGAGCAUCUCAGGUGAUGGUAUAGUUUUUUAUUAUAUGAUGUACUCAUUCUGGAAUGUAAACUAUUUGGAUUUAGCAUUUGCUGAUUUUUGUUAGGGUUUGUGCAUUUCUUAUAGAAAUUGCAGUAGUAGAUACAUAAACCCCACAAAUCCUAGAAGUGCCUGGUUCGUGGUUUGGUCUCUACCUACCAUUUCGUAAUCAUCAUUUCUGUUGCUUCUUUACCUUGGUCAUCACUGUGUUGUACAGUCCAGAUCAGUAAUGCAUUGCAUAUUUAAUCUCACUGUGGUUGCAAUUUGACAUCCGUCUUAUAAAUGUGAAUAAUAUAAUUUUUAUUGGAUGCAAAGCUUAUGCUUAAGUUCAUGCCUGUCUGGCUGUACAAAUUGUCAUGCACCCUACAACUUCAUUAACCAUUGAGAGCAUUAAACAUUCACAGUUCGAUCACUUUCAUGCUAAGUUUUCUAAAUCGAGCGUUGGACCUUUCCAAUUUAUCUUACGUUAUGUUAUGUUUUUUCAUUUUACCUUGUGAUCGAUUUAUGCAUCUUCUUUUAUUACCUUUAACUGCAUCCCUCUGAAUGCAUUGAACUUUCCCAGUGUACUUGCAGUUGCUUCUUUCUCCAUUCCCAACACACCUUUUAUACCUUCAUACCCCCAUCUCAAUCUUUUCUCAUCCUUUUCCAAUUCCUUUCUCCGUUUCGCCAACCAUUUUUCCUUCUCAUCUUCUUCAAAUGGAUACUUGUGUUGCUGUAUUUUUCAAAAUUUACAUUCUCUGUUCACAUAUCAGCCUGCAACUCACCAUUUGAGAAUGGUAUAUACAAGGGCAAGAAGUUGCUUAGAGUUUGUGCAACUUCUUAUAUUUUGAUUCUAAGAGUUUGUGAUUUUUCCCUUAUGCUAAUUUUACAGCCUUCAAGUUGAGGCGUUUGUUGAUGUCUGCUAAAUACAUAUUUGGUCACCUUUCUAGGUUUGUAUGAUGAAACUACUCAAUUAUCAAUUAUCUGUGUGGUUGGUCUUAUUUUCCUACUUAUUCUGAUGAGAUUGGUUUGCUUUUCAUUUAAGACUAGGUUGGUAUUAUGUAUCACGUUAUGUUGGUAAUAUUAGUUAGUAUAUUAAAAUAACAUGUUAAAAAAUACUCUUCAUUAGAGUCACAUCACCAAAGUAAUUGUUUUGUAAUUUUACACUGUCAAAAAUGUAAUUUAAGUGCUUUAUUAUUUGGUUUUGUUUAUCUUACAUCCUUUCACUCUUCUUUUAAGUGCCUUAUUUUUUGGUAUCUUCGUAAUUUUACCCAACUUUUUUUUUUUUUUGGAACUUCAGACCCACUUGCUUUUUCCUUUCCCUAUCCUAUCUAACCCACCCACCCAUCCCCAUCUCCAUCUCCAUCUCCAUCUCUCUAGAUGAAAGAAGACUAAGGAAGAACAUGGAGAAGAAAAGGAAGAGGUAGAAUGCCAUUUGUUAAUUGAUCUUGCUCUCUCCAGCUGCCUAAGCCUUUCCUCGGAAUUUCAUUAUGUUAUCUGAAGAAAAACCCAGAAACGCUUGUUUUCACCAACCUCAAAAUAAUGCCAGCAGCGAGCUUGCUUAUGGGAGAAGGAUGAUCUGCCAACUGCUCGGUUAGAUGGUGAGUUCCUAUCUCUGUUCGUUCUUUGAUUCCUUUUAGUGUUUUGGAUUAUGUGCAAACGUUUAUUUUCUUGGUUAGGUUGUGACUUUCUGCCUUUUUUGUAUUCCGCCUUUGUUUCUUUUUAGGGUUUUAGCUUAUCCUUAACCGUUGUUUUCUUAAUAGUUCCAUCGAUGGUGAUACCAUAUCGGCGAUGGAGUUUUAUGUGCAAGAAUGAAGAAGUUUCAUAAGUGAGAAGGAUUAUCUAUAGAUAAAUUUGUUGGAUGGUGAUUCUGUGCUCAAAUUCUUUUGCUCAUCCUUAGACAAGCACCUUCUUACUUUAGGUUUUGAUGUUGAACAACCCUUCAUAUACCUUUGUCAAUGGUUUUAGUGUCAUUUCUUAUUGUUCUUUGUUGAGUUCUAAUGGUUUCUAGAAUUUAAAGUAUUGGUUCUAUCUUUUUCAUUGUUAUCAGCGUCAAUUAAGUAGAGGUCAUGUAAUUUAAUGGUGUUUGGGAAACAGGGAUGCAGCAUCAAAUGGGUUCUUAUAUGCUCUCUGUGAUGGAAGCUCUUCCUAUGUUUUCGUGGAUGUGUUGUCCUUUGCGGAUUUCCAAUUCGGGUGAGGAGAAAUCCAAACAAACUAGGUCAUGUUUUUUCCUUUUCCAUUUGGAUUUUUACUUGAUGGAAACUCUUCCUCAUUUAGCCGUUGAUUUGUUGUCCGCUGCAUAAUUUUCCUUAAGGUUCCAUGGCAGUGAUGAGUCCUUUAAAAAACUCCUUGGAUUUUA